UUAAAUCUCAAGUUUCAGAAACAAGGGAAAGAUUUGGAAAAGACUAAACAGAGACUGAUAGAAAUUGGCAAUUUUGUGGAUAAGUUUUACAGAUCCUUGAAUAUACGAGUUGCCCUUGUUGGAGUUGAAGUUUGGACUGACAUGGAUAAAUGUUCAAUAACUGGAGACCCAUUCGCCACCCUCAAUGAAUUUCUUGACUGGAGGAAAGUGAAACUACUGUCCCGUAAAUCACAUGACAAUGCCCAACUCGUGAGCGGAGUGUACUUCCAAGGAACAACCAUUGGAAUGGCACCUAUCAUGAGUAUGUGCACAGCUGAGCAGUCAGGAGGAAUUGUUAUGGAUCAUUCAGACAAUCCUCUUGGAGCAGCAGUAACAAUGGCCCAUGAGCUGGGCCACAACUUUGGCAUGAAUCAUGAUACUCCUGAGCGUGGCUGUACCUGCAGGGCAACAUUGGAGAAAGGAGGCUGCAUUAUGACACCAUCCACAGGCUAUCCUUUUCCCACAGUCUUUAGCAGCUGUAGCAAGAAAGACCUGGACAGUAGCCUGGAAAAGGGAGUUGGAAUGUGUCUCUUCAACAUGCCAGAAGUAAAAGAGCUCUAUGGUGGGCAGAAGUGUGGCAAUGGAUACGUGGAGGAGGGCGAGGAGUGUGACUGUGGUGAACUCGAAGAAUGUACCAAUCCCUGCUGUAAUGCAAGUACCUGCAGUCUGAAGCCUGAAGCAGUUUGUGCACAUGGACUUUGCUGCGAAGACUGUAAGCUGAAGCCACCAGGAACCCCUUGCAGAGAUUCCAGCAAUUCUUGUGAUCUACCUGAAUUUUGCACUGGAACAAAUGCACAGUGUCCAGCUAAUGUGUAUCUGCAUGAUGGGCAGCCCUGUCAUAAGAAGGAUGGUUACUGUUACAAUGGGAUGUGUCAGACCCAUGAGCAACAGUGUAUUACUCUUUGGGGACCAGGUGCCAAACCUGCCCCUGGAAUCUGCUUUGAAAGAGUUAACUCAGCAGGUGACCCAUAUGGUAAUUGUGGGAAGGACUCGACUGGUCUGUUUGCAAAAUGUGACAUCAGAGAUGCCCAGUGUGGGAAAAUCCAAUGUCAGGGAGGAGCGAGCCGCCCUGUCAUUGGGACAAAUGCAGUCUCCAUAGAAACUAACAUUCCCUUGCAAGAAGGUGGAAAGAUCUUGUGCCGUGGCACACAUGUCUAUCUAGGGGAUGAUAUGCCUGAUCCAGGGCUUGUGCUAACAGGCACCAAAUGUGGAGAAGGGAAGAUUUGUCUAAAUCGACAGUGCCAGAACAUCAGUGUCUUUGGAGUGAUAGAAUGUGCUUCAAAAUGUCACGGCCAAGGGCUACUUUCCUUGAUCCAGUGAAGAUUCAUCCUAUUUAAUGUAAACGUACUUCAAUGUACAAACCAACGUUAGAUUGAAAGAAGAAGGAUCAAUUCUAACUUUUAAGUGAUGCUCAAUUCUUUGAAGUUCGUAGCCAUCUGAAUCGAGUCUUGUUCUCAACUGACAACAGUAAUCAAAUCUUUAUGCAAAUGUAAUUCAUUUCCACAGUUGCAAAUUAAGUCUUCUCUAAUAUUUAAUAUUAGCAAAGCAAAACUGAAACUGUCAGUUCUGAUAAUAUUAGAAAGAAUUUAAGCAUCAGUACAGUACAGAGCAACAGCAUCAGUGAAAAACGCUUCCAACAAUGGUGAAAAGUGCCUGUGAUGUGCUUGGGAGGAAAGAUAUAAAUAAGUGAAAAUCCAAGCCUCAUUCUCUGGUGGAUAUAUUCUGGGGAAAUAUGUCCUGAAUUUAUAAAGGUAAUUUUGGGCUG